AAGAGGAGCAACUAGGACUAGAACCUGGUGCCCAUAUGGGAUACAGGUGCCGCAGGCAGAGGAUUAACCAAGUGAGCCACGGCGCCAGCCCCCAGGCUUUUUAACUCUUGUUUCCUUCUGCUCCUUUGGGGUGGAUCUGCAGUCCCACUAAUUCAAUGUCUUAGAACUAUGUGCAAGGCAAGAAUACACAGGUUUUCGCGGGACAUUUUCACUGAAGGGAGUGAAUUUGCUCCACUGUCCCUUAGAAACUUGCUAAGCCCAGUGAGCCGCCUGAAUGGCAGUGCAACUUAGAUCUAAAGAGAAUUAGUCGCAUGCAUGCAAAUCAGCCGAAAACAUGCAAAUGUGCAUGUAAAAAUAUUGUGUGUGACUCAGCUCCUGUGGAUUGGGUACCACCCUCCAAUUGCAGCCAUCAAGAGACAUUUAUCAUGGGAGGUGGCAUUUUGAGUGUGCCUAACAAGUGGAUGAGUUCUUGUGUUGAUCUGUUCACUCAUCCAACAACCGUAUAUCCAGCACUCGCUCAGUGUCAGGCUCUGAGCUCGGUGGGGGCUACAAAGUCUCUAAGACAUGGUCUUUUGUUUUUCCUCUCUCAAAGAUUUAUUUAUUUAUUUGAAAGGCAGAGAGGGAGGGAAUCGUGCAUCCACUGGUUUGCUCCUCCAGAUGCCUGCAGCAGCCGGGGCUGGAUCAGGCUGAAGUCAGGAGCCAGGAACUGCAUCUGAACCUCUCCAGUGGGUGUCAGGGCCCAGGUUCUUGAGCCUUCUUCCACUGCCUUCCCAGGUGUCUGAGCAAGGAGCUGGAUCAGAAGGAGGGCAGCCAGAACGCUAAGCAGUGCUCCCAUAGGGGAUUCAGCUUUGCAAGCAGCAAAAUUCACUGCACCACAACGCUGGUCUUUGGGAUAGUUUUUUGUUUAAAAACUGGUUCUUGUAAUUCAGAGGGCUUGAAUAUCUAGGCUCGGGGGUUGUGUGGUACUUGGGAGAACGCGGGGGCAUGGUGUGGUAUUCUGCCCAGUGGUGUUCGGUCGCAGGGUGAAGGACUUUGAAGUCAACGUGGCGGUUGGCAGGUCAUAGCUACCAUUUCCAGCGCCUCCCUCCCGCCAAGAUUUCGGAUCCCUCAGAGGCGCUGGGGCAUGGGCACACUGACUCAUAGCUGCGCGGGGAUCUCUGUGUUCAAAAUAACAUUCGGUUUUCUGCAGUAACUCAGGGGUGUGAAGCCUGGGUUUGCUUUUGAAUCUGGGCGUCAGUCGUAGAUUAGCAGGUGCAGCAUGCCGCCUUUCUCUGUUCCAGUCAAGUCUAACUACACACUCUGUUGAACUCGGGACCGGAAUCACUGAGCCUUUCUUUAUCAGCGCAUGACUUCAACGAUGUCUCCCGGUGGCUUCCCCGAGUCUGAAGCCGUUCACAGCCCAAAUCCCAUUCCGUGGCUACUUGAGAUUUUCCCUCCUUUCGCUGUGUCUAGGAGUGUGUUACUGGGAUGUCACAUGGGGUCAACUAUAACAACAACAAUAAUCCUAAUAGAAGAAGAUGACAACGACAACGGCGGCAAUGUCAAAACACUCAAGUCCAAUGAGUGUAACAUAAUGGAAAAGAAAAGAAGCUCCUCCUGACACUUAUCUGGAGUGAGAGUCCUGUGCCGAGAAAUCGUGUGCUAAAGAGAUUAGCUAAGACGUGCCUAUAUUUAGGUCAGCCCUCUGGUGAUCAAGGAGGCAGGGGCACCAUAGUGGUGGAAUAUCUCCAUGCCAACUGGAAAGAGCUGUUGCUAUGGCUACCAUGGCCCCUUCCUUGGACCCCAUCCCCAAGUCCAGUUGCUAAUGUAUGGCUCUCAGCACAGCAAGGGCUCCAGCUGGCUUUGUGUUUAGACUGGUUGAUAUCAUGCUUAGCUGUCAAUUAUGUGUAUAUGAAAAAACACACAGCACAGCGGUCAGGCUAGGUGGAUAGGUGUGGCCUGCUGAUAAACGUCAACUUCCGGUGGUUGAUGACAACAAAGACCUGCUUGUCACUCAUGUUAUACAACCCAUGUCUUCUUUUAAAAGUAAUUGUUUAUUUGAAAGGCAGAGAGAGAGGGAGAGAGAAAGAGAUCUUCCAUCUGCAGGUUCAUUUCCCAAAUGGCUAAAAUUGUUGGGGCUGGGCCAGCUGGAAGUCAGGAUCUAGCAACUCCAUCCAGUGGCAGGGGCUCAAGCACUUGGGCAUCCUCCGCUGCUUUCCCAGGCACAACAGCAGGGUACUGGAUGGGAAGUGGAGCAGCCGGGACUCGAACCAGCACCUCUAUGGGAUGAUGACAUUACAGGUGGGUGGCUUAACCUUCUGCACCACAAUGCUGGUCCCACCGACUCGUGUCUUCUGUACUGAUGGGACAGCCAUCUCUGGAAUCACUGAGGCACAGGGACAGAGUGCUGGCAUGAGUUCCCGUGUACAUCACCUCUGUACACAUUUUACCCAGGACCAGUGUUUGGCCGCCUCUGGGUUUCCAGGGCAGGGACACUCAAGGGUGAAGUCGCCCCACCAAACACACACAGCCCUCUGCAGGUUUCCGUGGUGGCUCCAUUGCCAUGUCCAUCCUGUUAGUCUGGCUCCUGUCCCGUUCUCCAGCUCAGCCACCCCUCCACCCCCUCUGCUGAUCUGACCUCUCUGACCUCACCCCCUGGCCAGCCCUGUGUCACCUACUUUGCUUUCCAAUUUGCUGUAAUUUAUACCCCUCCAUUUCAGCACCCACCUGCGUUCAGACCUGCCAACUCCUGCAUCUGUGUCCUUUCAGUCCAAGGCCAGUGAUGUCCAAACUCCUUUAUGCCCUCCCCACACCCAGCGGGAACAAUUCUCUUUGUAUUCCAAACGUGUGUUUAUUUUGAAGCAAUACGGUCAACUGUGAAUCCAGUAAACAUUAAGUUUUAGUUUUUUAACUGUUUUUGUUUUCAUUAGUGAGCCAGAGAGAGAACAGAGUUCUCAUCCUCUAGUUCACUUCCCAAAUGCCUCAAUGGCUGGCAGUGGGGCUGGGGCAUAGCCAGGCGCUGGGGAACACAAGGCAGCUGUCCCAGGUGGGUGACAAGCACCCAGCACCCAUUCACUUGGGCUACUGCUGUCUCCCAGGGUCUGCUGUAGCAGGAAGCUGGAGUCAGGAGUUCGAACCUCUCAGCUACACAGAGCAAUCUGUCGAGAUCCCGCUGUGAGACCACGACACACGCAGCCGGGCAGGCACAAUGAGAGAGGCAGGCGGCAUCAGGUGGGCGGGCGAGGAUGUGAAGCGGUCAGACCGUGGUGCUGGUAGGAGCAUCAGCGGGCACAGCCACGUGGCCAGCUUCUGCUACAGCGGAUCCUGUUCCUGACCUGGAUCCCAGCAUCCCGACUCCUGGGCGCGCAUUCAACAGAAACCUGUGCAAAUAUUUACCCGAGAGGCGUUUCGAAGAUGUUUGUGGUGACAUUCAUCACGGCAGAAAAAAUUACGGAUAACACAAACGCUCAUUACCCCUGCCGGAAGUGAAUGCUUUCUCUACGUCUGUACUGUGAAACGCAUCUGUGAGAGUGGGCGAACGACGACCCCAUGCGAAGCUGCCAACUGUGGCCUGAAAAUAUUACGUGGCAAGUUCCAGAAGUAAAUAAUGCCUAAAUUCUCAAGAACUUUUACUGCAAUAUGUUGUGAGAAUUAUUCUACUUUGCUGUCAGUAAGUGUGGUUAAUCUCUUACGGUUCCUAAUUUAUAAAUUGCACUUUAUUGUAGGCAUAUAUGGAUAGGAAAGAACAUGCUGUAUUUAAGGUACAAUUCUAUCCAAAAUUUCAGGCAUCCUCUGGUGUCCCAGGACAUAUCCCCAUGGGGGAUGGGGUUUCCAUGCCUUGGCCGUACGGAGUACUCCCCACUGAUGCCUGAGUCUCCACCAAUCCAGAGAAUGGCUCAGUUUCCCGCUCUUGGCCCUUGUGGGGGGCAUGGCAGGGGGCAGUGGAGGGAACACAGAACUCACCCUCCUCCAGUGCUGGGGCUGCACUCGGAUGACUAGCUAGGUUCCUGAAACAAGCUGGUGAAGUGGGAUGAUUUUCUCCAUUGCGUGGAGGCGGCUGGUGAGUCUCCCAGAGGUUAUGCCACUGGCUCAAGAAUAUGUGGCCAUGUGCAGGAACCAGGGCUGGUUCCCAGGCUAGCUAAUUCCAAAAGCAAUGCUGAUAUGGGAUGGUUUGUGUGGGGAGCUUCUCUCAGUGGCUGGUGGACACAUGUUCCUCCCACGUGGUGCUGUGGUGCAGGAUUUAUUUAUUUUUUUAAUUGUUAAAUAGAAUCAGACUGAUAAGUGGAUUAUGGCAAAGCUCCAUGUGGGUGGACGGAGCCUGCCGACACCGUGGCUUGGAUGCAGUAAACAAAAUUUAGAAGUGUGUUGAGUGAGAGAGGGAGUGACUGGCCUAGAUAAUAGAAAAAGGACCUGGGAGAUUUCAUUAUUCAAGCUGUGACAUGGGGAAGUCUGCCUGAGAUUGCCCCAGAGCGGUAAUCCCUAGUGUGCUUUUCGAAUUCUGAAAUGACUCAGGUUGCCCUGUGCUUUUCAGAUUUCUGAAGGCUGACACCCCCUGACCACGUUUCCUGCCCUACUUGAAUUGGUGGGUAAACCUACACACUGCAGUGACUAGUCACAGCUUCUUCCCUUCAAGAGAUUCAGAGCCUCAGGGAGCUAAGAUCUGCUAGUUCUGUCUGGUCCUCUGGAAACCCAGCACCCCGGAGGCAGGUAGCUCUGCCCCUGCUGGCACCGUGAUCCACCAGCCCUCGGAGUGACAGCCCGGAGUCCUAGCCGCCUGUGCCUUCCUGCUGUCCAGCUAGGGCGUCUUCAGAGAGCAGGUGCUUGUGUGUUUGUUGGAGACUGGAGGCCAGCAGCUUCCCUUAGCUGGCUCUGAGUCCUCCUCCUGGCGGACUACCUCUGCUACUGGGGUAAGUGUUACAAUCUAUCUUACAAUAGAGAAACUGACAAAGUGUUGUAGAAGCCCUGAAGUCAGCAGUCCUUAGCUUGCAGUCCCAGGAACUUGGAUGGGAAAAAAAAAUUGCAUUUUCUUCAUUCUCCUUUAACCGUAAUUUAAUAUUUCCUUAAAUUGUGCAUAUGAGGGUGCUUCACAAAGUUUGUGGGAAAAUGGAAUUAAAAGCUAAGUUUAGUGCAAAGUCUGGGGCAGAGAACCUUUGAAUCCAUUCAGAGUUUCUUUGUAAUACACGUUUUCUGUAAACUUUUUGAAGACCCCUUGAAGAGACAACAAACCACAGUGGAAUCAUCAGGACGUGCGACUUUGUCCCCAGACUGAAACUGCACAUGUUUUCAUGCUACACUGAAUGUUGUAGAUACUUCCAAACAACGUGCUCAUUACCACUUAGACUACAGCAGUGGCCACAUCACUGCCAGAUCUGACUUCAUGUCUCCAUGAACUUAUAUAUUGCUAUGUUGUAAUUUUAAAAAUUUGUUUGAAAGGCAGAGUGACAGAGAGAGAGAGAGAGAGAGAAUCUUCCAUCUGCUGGUUCACUCCUCAAAUGGCCACCAUGGCCGGGGCUGGGCCAGGCUGAAGCCAGGAACUCCAUCUGGGUCUCCCUUGUGGGUGACAGGGGCCCAAGUCUUUGGGCCAUUUUUUGGUUGCUUUUCCAGGCACAUUAGCAGGGUGCUGGAUUGGCAGUGAAGCAACCAGGACUCAAGCUAGCACUCUGAUAUGGGAUGCUGGCAUCAAAAGCGGUGGUUUUACACCUUGUGCAACAAUGUCGGCCCCAUAAUUUUUUUUAAAAAGAUUUAUGUAUUUAUUUUGAAAGUCAGACUUGCAGAGUAGGAGAGAGAGAGAGAGAGAGAAAGUGAGAGAGAGAGAGAGAGAGAGAAGUCGAUCUUCCAUCCUUAGAUGGAUGCAACGGCCAGGGCUAGGCCAUGCCGAAGCCAGGAGCCACCCAUGUGGGUGGCAGGGCCCUAAGCACUUGGGCCAUCCUCUGCUGCUUUCCCUGGCACAUUAACAGGGGGCUGGUUGUAAGUGGAGCAGCCGGGACACAAACCAGUGCCCAUAUAGGACGCUGGUGUUGCAAGUGGUGUCUUUACCUGCUAUGCCACAGCACCGGCCCCUGGGCCCCAUCAUUUAAAAAAUGUUUUUGUAUGUGGGGUGGGUGUUGUGAUGCAAUGGGUUAAAACCGUUACUGAGUGGACAACUACAUCCCAUAUGGGCGUGCCUGGGUUCAAGUCCCACCUCUGCUCACAUCCAACUUCCAGCUGAUGCACACCCUGGCAGGCUGGCUGAAGUACUUGGGGCACUGCUACCCACUUGGGAAACCUAGAUGGAGUUCUUGGCUCCUAGCUCGGCCUAGCUCAGCCCCGGCUGUUGCAGGCACUGGGGAGCGAGCCAGCAGGUAAAGACCUCUUUCUCUCUGUCUCUCUGUCUUUGUCUCUUUCUCUUUGUUGCUCUGCCUUUCAACAAAUACAUAAACUUUAAAAAAAAUUUCCACAUAACCAACUUCUUCUGUAAUGCAAUAUAUUUUAUUUUAUGCAUUUAAAUGCCUGGGCUUCAACGGACUAUCACAGGUGAAGCCGAAGGGUUAGGAACCUUUGCUCAGAGUGUUGCCUGCUGGCUCUGCUAACCUCCCAUUCGUGCGCUGGACGCUAAGUUAGUGUCCUGUGUGCACCCAGCCCAGGGAAGGGCAGCUUCCGCUGCAAGGAUGCCCGAUUCCUAGGGGAUUCACAGACUGAGAACCAGAGUGGCAUGGUAUUCUCUGGAUCAGAGGACGUGGGCAGGACCUUUCAGCGGGCAUUGAACAGGUACGAGAGUUGACGCAGCUCUCGAAAACGUCUGAAGAUCCUAAAUAAUUGAUCGAUCGAAGUUGUGGUGAUGCCACUUCAUUCGUCCCUAAUUGAUUACAAUGUUUUUGAGGUUUCUUUAAUUUUAAAAGAUUUAUUUAUUUCAAAAGCAUUACAGAGAGAGAGGGAGAGAUUUUUUUUUUUUUUGAGAUUUGAGGUUGUUCAUAAAAAUAAUAGCUUGCGUUGGAGAACAUUGCUUCUCCUAACUUAUGACGCUGAUGCAGACCACCCAUACACUGCGUGCCUCUGGCCACGGAAGCUACAGGAUUCACGUUGGGAAGAUUGAGGCUUUUAGAGGUCUGACUCCGUGGAAUUUGAAAUCGCACAUCAUCAGCAGAGCAGGAAGCCCCGAGCUUCGCCUGCACGGAGCAUUUUGUCUUUUCUGCAGGCGUUUGCAGAGCUGGGCUUCCCGUGGCCACUGGGGGAAGUGCAGAGCCUCCUGGUCCUCACCGCCCUUCUGGUUGCCCUCACCAACUUUCUUGAGCCUGGAGAUUGCUUCUGCUUUGCAGAAAUCAACUGCUCGGAGCUGUGCAUAAUUUAUAACAAUCUCCGGCAAAACCUCAGAACUGAGAUACGCCUUUGUCUCGGGCGGAUGUCAGAGGCCGCCGCGGCAGCCCAGGUGGCACAGUGACUCGGCAGAGGGCAGCUUCCCCGGGGGGUUCUCUCCCAAAGGGUAUGAAACAGUCAAACAGGGGGAGAGGCACACCAGCCGAACCCCAGCUCCCCUGAGACAGGGGAGGGAGCUCUUUCGAGGAACACGCGGCCUGUGUUGUAAACGCCACUGACCAACGUGGGGCCCAGAAGAGACAGAGAACAUGGCCCAGGAAGUGGAUCUGAAUUCCCUGCAGGAGCGGGAACGGGAGCUCAUCCUGCAGGUCCUAUACCGCGACCAGGCUGUCCGGAACAUCGAGGAGGAGAGGAUCCGGGAACUGAAAACGCACCUGCGGCAUCUCCGGUGGCAAGGGGCGAAGAGCUCGAGCCGGGAGUACAGAGAGAAGUGCUGUGCCCGCUGCCAGCGGCCCCUGGGGCUCCUGCUGAACCGGGGCGCCGUGUGCCAGGGCUGCAGCCACUGCGUGUGCUCCGAGUGCCGCGUGUUCCUGCGGAGGACCCGCACCUGGAAGUGCACCGUGUGCUUCGAGGACAGAAAUGUGAAAAUAAAAACCGGAGAGUGGUUCUUUGAGGAGCGAGCUAAGAAAUUUCCAGCUGAAGGCAAACACCAGACAGCUGGGGCCAGGCUCCUGCAAUCUUAUCAGCAUCCCAGUAGCAAAAUUUCUGUGGUUCCUCCGACUCCGCCGCCUCUCAGUGAAAGCCAGUGUGGUGACAGCCCUGGCAGGUUACAGGAACUUGGUCAGUUUAAAGGAUUUAAUAAGUCCGUGGAAAAUCUGUUUCUGUCUGUUACCACCCGCAUGAAAAAGCUCUCCAAGUCCCAGAACGACGUGACUUCUGAGAAGCACCUCCUGGCCACGGACCCCCGGCAGUGUACCAGCCGCACGGAGAGACGCAGCCAGUCGGACACCGCCGUCAACGUCACCAACAGGAAAGCCAGAGCUCCAGAUGUCCUGAGACCUCUCUGUCAGGAAAACCCCAAAGGCUCCACUAGCCCUGUCUUCAAGCAAGAGGACCUCUCGCCCAGGCCCUCGGCCAGCACUUUAUUCUCUGGAGGCCUGAGACACGAGAGUUUAAGUAGCAUUAAUAGCACAUGUACCGAGCUGGGUAAUUUUGACAACGCCAAUGUCACAGGAGAAAUAGAAUUUGCCAUUCGGUAUUGCUCCAACACCCACUCUUUAGAAAUAUACAUCAAGGCCUGUAAGAACCUUGCCUACGGAGAUGAAAAGAAGAAAAAGUGCAAUCCGUAUGUGAAGACCUACCUGCUGCCCGACAGAUCCUCCCAGGGGAAACGCAAGACUGGGGUCCAGAAGAACACGCUGCACCCCACCUUCCAGGAGACCUUGAAGUACCAGGUGGACCCUGCCCAGCUAGCGACGCGGCGGCUGCAGGUCUCCGUGUGGCACCUGGGCACGCUGGCCCGGAGGGCGUUUCUCGGAGAAGUGGUCAUUCCGCUGGCCACGUGGGACUUCGAGGACGGUGCAGCGCAGUCUUCCCACUGGUACCCGCUCCGGGCCAAGGCAGAAAAACCUGAAGAUGUCUGUCCUCAGAAUAAUGGAGAACUUGCAGUCCGGGCCAAACUGGUCCUGCCUGCAGGGCCCAGAGCGCCCCAGGGGGCUCCAGACGGGACAGAUCAGAUGUCACUCAACGGCCAGCUCUGUCUGGUGGUGCUGGGAGCCAGGCAUCUACCCGUGCGGUCAGACGGCACCCUGAACGCCUUUGUCAAAGGCUGCCUCACUCUGCCGGGCCGGCAGAGACUGAGGCUGAAGUCCCCGGUCCUGAGGCAGCAGGCCUGUCCCCAGUGGAAGCACUCCUUUGUGUUCAGGGGCGUGACUGCGUCCCAGCUGAGGCAGUCAAGCUUGGAGCUGACCGUCUGGGACCACGGCGUCUUUGGCAUGAGUGACCGCUUGCUGGGAGGAGCCAAGCUUGGUCCAAAGGGAGAGGCAGCCGGUGGCGUGGACCCGUGUGCACAGUCCAAGCUCCAAUGGCAGAGGGUUCUGUCCAGCCCCAACUUGUGGACAGACAUGACGCUCGUCCUGCACUGAAGUGAGGGCCUCAGGCCGCACCGGGUGUGACAAGGCCCCGUGUGCCCUUGGAGGUGGGCAGUGCACGGGCACCGUGGGACGUGAUCCAACCGUGUGUCCUGUGGCUAAGACGUCCCUGACCACCUCUAUUACACAGUUAUCACGGAGUCUG